AUGUCCGCCGCCGCUCCUGAAUUCCAACCAUGGGCCGGGCUAAGCGAUUUUUCUCCGAAUGGUGGUUAUCUGCGCUCAACUAGAGCAGCUCGUCCUACUCCGGACUCUUCUACUGCCAGCCCGGGUCGGCAACUCCCUCGACGUCGAAGUCGUUACCUGACCCGUCAAUCCGGAGCGCAAGCGGGCCCAAUUGUGAUUCCUAAUGCCAGCAGCGACCUGAACCCGAUGGCAAGAUGGCGGAAUUCACCCCCGGAGGAAGAGCCAGCCUUGAUUCCAGACAUCAUCAAUGCGCUGAAAGCAGCCCCAAGUCCGCUGGAGAGCAUCAGUCCCAACGGAGCGGGAGGCAGUGGCCAUGCAUUCCGCCACUACCGACGAGCCGCGUCGACCACCAGCGGCGAGUCCAGCGCAUCGUCGCGGGACUCCCAGCAGUCUGGCCGCUCGACCUCGUCGGCACCGGAUCGUCUAGGGGUGCAAGGGCCCGGCAGCAGGGUCCGGAAGGGCACAGCCAACCUCCGGAAAAAGCAGAGCAGCACGACCACCAGGACCACCAGGACCACCAGCUCUACCCAGGCCCUGCGCCGCUACUGCUGCACCUUCUGCUGCGACCGCUUCAAGAGCAAGUACGACUGGGCGCGCCACGAGAAGUCCUUGCAUGUCACCCUGGAAGCGUGGUACUGCGCCCCCUUCGGCACGACCAUACUCUCCGCCACCGCGCCGCAAACCACGCGGUGCGCCUUCUGCGGAGCCCCCGACCCGGACGCCGGCCAUCUGAACGACCACGACGCCACCGCGUGCGAGACCGAACCCGGGACGCGCCGCUCCUUCCGGCGCAAGGACCACCUUAUGCAGCACUUGCGCCUCGUCCACCACAUCCUCCCCACCCCCACCAAGGGGGGCGGGGGGCCCCCGGACCUCGAGCGCUGGAAGGUCGGCCAGUCGGGCAUCACCUCGCGCUGCGGGUUCUGCGACGCCCGGCUGCGCAGCUGGGAGGCGCGCGUCGAGCACCUGGCGGAGCAUUUCCGGGGCGGCCAGACCAUGGCGGACUGGCGCGGCGAGCACGAGUUCCCCGCGGACUUCGCGGCGCUGGUCGCCAACGCCCUGCCGCCGUACCUGCUGGGGUCCGAGUCGCGCAGCGUCAUCCCGUUCUCGGCGACCAACUGCGAGGUCCAGGACCACUUGGCGCAGAUCUCGUCCCGCGCGCGGUGGAGCGAGGCCGACCGGCGGGCGGCGCGCGAGAUCGUCGCCCCCGCCGUGCCCAGCGUGGCUCCGCCGCUGCAGGCGAUGGCGCCCGGGGUGGCGCCCGAUCAGCUGAGCUCGUUCACCCAGGUGCUCACCCUGCAUCUGAGUCGGUUCGCCCGCGAGCAGAUGCGGAAGGGAGUCGUGCCCACGGAUGAGAUGUUUCAGCGGGAGUCUCGGCGGGUGCUGUACGAUUCGGACGAUACGUGGAAUCAGACGGUGGCGGAUAAUCCCGAGUGGUUGGCGGCGUUUAAAGGGUUGCAUUGUGAGAAGAAUGGGGAGGGAGAGGGAGAGGCGGAGACUGAUGUAGGGGAGACUUGUUAG